UUGUUAAUAGAACGUUUACCCGAGAGGCGUAUUCGAUUUUGGAGUGCUUAUCUUCUCUUCUAUGAGCGAAUAGAAUCUCCCCAGCCCGGAAUAGUCUGUCGUCAAGGUGAUUAUAUUCCUGGUCCUACCGCAACCUCUGCCUCUCCUUUAUUUGCAGCUCAGCCUCGACAUGUUAACCUGGCCACUCCCUUGGUCCCUCCACCAGCGUCCGUUUCACUCUCCUCAGACUCCAUUUCUGAAGCAACUGUGACUCUUGCGCAAAGGCGAGCUCGCUUACAAUUGGUCCAUCAAGAAGUGGACCAAGAGGAGCCAGAAAUCGGUAUUCUUAAUAGACAAGGGAAUUUAACAGAUGGGGCCAGUCGCUGCAAGGGCAAUGACUCCAAGCCUAAGCUGGAACGAGAUCAUAGCCGAGGCUCUUUUGCUGAGCUCUCAGAUCUAGUUCAUCGUAGUGAGCGCCAUCGGGGCAUCACUCUUCUUGUCGGUGGAUCUUCUGCUGUUGCCAGUUUGCAGAAUAACAGUCGCGCUGGACAAUAUUUAUUUAACCCUUCACUUGCACCCUCUCAUUCGGUCCACGCAGUGCCCCCUAACUCGGAGGGUUCAAGUGGCCCUGUUGGAUCAAGUAUUGGCUCUGCUUGCCCGAUUUCAGCUGAUACUUAUGGUUAUGCGAUUAUGCCGUCUCGCAUCUCUCGCGAAAUAAGAUCCGAGAACUUGUCCUUUCUGCGUAACAAAGACGUAUACUCGGCGGAUUAUUUCGGGUUGAUCCACGCACUCGCGAUUGGCAUACUGGUUAGUUCAGUCUAUCCAUCUACUAUAUUAUACACAGACGUGUUUUGUUUUGGCAUCUGA